AUGACGAAGAAAACCAUUCUACAAAAGCCUCCUCGUGAAAAGGUUCUCAAGCUUCCAACGAAAUCAAAACCCUCUACACGCUCCCAAGAUCAAACCUUUACACCUUCACCUUCUCUUCCUACCUCUCCUCCUUGCACAGAUCCCAUGGUUCGCAUUAAGAACCCUUCAAGGUCUCCUCCCCCUUUCAAGCUAACCGCUCCUUCCAGCGCUCCUUCCAAGCCAAGCACUUCGAAAGGGAAGCGUUCUACUGCAGAGGAACCUGCGUCUGAACCCACUGGACCUAAACUUAGGUCUGCUCUUUCUCGUCCUCAAAGAGGCCGUGACAUAAUUCUGAAUAAUGAAACCAUCAGUGAUUCUCUGAAAUACACUAAUGUUGGUACAUGUGCCUAUAAAUCUGAUAAGUGGGAUGAAGGGAAAAAGGGAUCCACUCGUUCUGAAAGGGUGGUUUUUGAUGAUGAUGAUGAUGAUGAUGAUGAUGAUGACUAUGAAUCAGAAGACACUCCUUCUCCUUCUACCACGGGUACUUCAGCCUCCAUUGGACACAAAUCUGCUUUAUAUGAGGUUGUUAAAGAUGUGGUGCAAGAGUUUGUCUCUCAGUUAAACCAUCUGAUUGCUAUAAGUAAGGAGCAAAGGAAACUAGCCACCAAGCAUGUGAACUUCCUCAGGAAAUCUAGAGAUAGAGUGGUCAUUUUCUUGAAAUUUAUUGAUAAUCUCCAAGAGGAUGACAAUGCUGCCACUGAUUCUGAAGAAGAUGCUGAUUCUGAUGAGGAUGGUUCGGAUGCCUGA